CGUCCAUUCUUAUUCCACUUCAGUCGAGUGUAGAGCCAUUCACAGUCAUGACGAUGCUACACCGAUCAUUCAUAGGCUCCGCCAAUCCAGCCGCCGCCUUGUUGUUAUUGCUAAUCAGCAUUUUGACGUGGAGCUCGUGCAGCCUGGCUUCGCCUUUCAGCCAGCCGGAAACAACAUCAGCGACGGAAUUGACCCAACUGAGCGCUGGAGGAAUUCAACACACGGCAAAAGGCAGUGAUGGAGUGGCUGCUGGCACUCUGACGACCGUGACGACCACCGGAACGUGUAAGGCCAUUCUACCUGACGGCCGGCUCCAAACGGUUGUCUACACCUGCGCACCGACCGGCUACAGCGCCGUCGUCCAGUUCCAUAAAGCCGAAAAUCAGAGUGCUACUCACGAACGGAAUCAUCAGACUAAUACUACUCCAAAUGCUCCGGCCGACGUCAACGCAACAACGCAACAGCAACAGCCUUUACAACCCAUUACGGAGAUCCUUUUCCUCCGGCCAACAACAACCGACUCGUCCGCUCGGCUAACGACCACAACGACGACGACAGAGAGUCCGUCCAUCACGACGAGUAGCGCAGCUCCUCCUCCUCCUCCUCCGACGAAGAAACCGGAAUCGAUGGUGGCCAUUGUGCCACCACAUCGAUUUCACAUUGAAAGCGGCCAAAUUCGAAAGGUUUCAUUGGUCCAACAUUCGCUUCCGUCUCUUCCGCUUUCAACCAGCAGCACAACGACUCCGGCUACUAAACGACACCGGAGCACUACGACCGUAUCAGCCGCAGUUGCGGAUAAGAGUCCGGCAGCGACAGCAACUCCGGCGGCCACCACCGGCAGGAGACGUAAGACGAGAUUGAACAUUGCAGCAGGAGCGACCCAAUCGGAACCGUCGCUAGUAUAAAAUAAUAACGUGAAUGAUAUUACAAUUGAAAAAUGGUCAGCUAGAAUAAUAAUCUUUCAAUACACUGUUGCCAUUUUUCAA